CCAUAAACCCCUAAAGAUCUCCUCAGCACAUAAAGUUCAAAAAGUUAUCGCUUCGUGUUCAGUUCUUCGCAAUCGGAAAAAAUGGGAAAGAAUAAGAAGACGAUGUCUAAUGGCGAUAGCCAACAUUCACCUGCCACCAUAUUCGUUAACAAUUUACCUUAUUCUUUCACUAAUGCCCAGUUGGAAGAAACGUUCAGUGAAGUUGGACCAAUUAGGCGGUGCUUUAUGGUUACAAAUAAAGGUUCAAGUGAGCACCGAGGCUUCGGCUUUGUGCAAUUUGCAUCUAUAGACGACGCUAACCGUUCCAUCGAGCUGAAAAAUGGCACAGUGGUUGGAGGAAGGAAAAUUGGAGUUAAACAAGCUAUGCAACGUGCACCCCGUGAACAACGUCGAUCAAAGGGGGAUCAAGAAAGCACCGCUGAUGCAAAAGAUGCCAAGGACGUUCCUUCUACUGAAAUAGUCAAGCAUGAACAAGCUUCAAGCUCUCAGGGAACAGAAAGCACUGCUCAUAAAGAAGACGACAAGGAUGGUCCUUCUACUGAAAUAGUUGAGAAGAAACAAGCUUCAAACUCGCAGGGAACAGAAAACCUAGGAAAACCCACUAGAAAAAGAAAGGCUGCAUUGCUUUGUGAUGGUGCUGCUGAUGAAGGAAAUUAUUCGGGGAAACAGAGGGUCGCCAGGACAGUUAUAAUAGGAGGUAUCGUAAAUGCGGAUAUGGCAAAGGAGGUUCACCAGCUUGCGCAGAAGUGUGGCACCGUAUGUUCUGUUACUUACCCUCUUCCAAAAGAAGAGAUUGAAAGUCAUGGGCUAGCACACGAUGGUUGUAAGAUGGAUGCUUCAUCUGUACUUUUCACUAGUGUCAAAUCAGCUCAAGCUUGUGUUGCAUCAUUACACCAAAGAGAAGUAAAUGGAGCAACACUUUGGGCACGCCAACUUGGUGGAGAGGGUUCAAAGACGCAAAGGUGGAAACUUAUAGUGAGGAAUCUUCCUUUUAAGGCCAAAGUGAAUGAGAUAAAAGAUCUGUUUUCAAAAGUUGGCUUUGUGUGGGAUGUGGUUAUUCCUAAGAAUUCUGAGACAGGGUUAUCAAAAGGAUUUGCGUUUGUCAAAUUUACGUCGAAGCAGGAUGCAGAGAAUGUUAUUAAGACAUUUAAUGGGAAAACAUUGAGUAAACGAACUAUUGCAGUUGAUUGGGCCGUAUCAAAAAAGGUUUAUGCAGCUGGUGGUCAAUCUUCAGCAACUGUACAAGAUGGACAGGACGCAAAAGAUGAUAGUAGUAGCGAUACGGAUGAAGACAUUGAAAAUGAUGGAAAAUCUCAGCAAGCCGAAGAGGACGGAGAUGACUCUCACCUUUUGGAAGAAGAAAAUAACCAGACUGAAGUUAAUUUUGACGAAGAGGCAAACAUUGCGAAAAAAGUUCUUCAGAAUUUCAUUUCUCCAACUUCAAUAGGGCCAACUACUUCUACAAAUGAUUUUUCAGGCCUUCCCAAGCAGGGGAAGGAUGUUGAAACUAUUCUCCCACCAGAUGAACCACUGGGUGCAUCUACGGCAAAUAAAACACCACACGACAAUUUAGACAAGAGCAAAGAGAUUAAUGCUGGGCAGAGUGAGGGAGCAGAUGAUCUGCAGGGAACAGUUUUCAUUAGUAACCUUCCUUUUGACGUUGAUAAUAAAGAAGUCAAACAACGGUUUUCUGCUUUUGGUGAAGUGGAGUACUUUGCUCCGGUUCUUGACCGAGUCACCAAGCGACCAAGGGGUACUGGUUUUCUCAAAUUUAAAACAGCAGAGGCUGCUGAAGCUGCUGUUUCCGCUGCCAAUGUUGUGGAUGGUUUAGGUGUCUUUCUGAAGGGUCGGCAAUUAAAGAUUUUGAAGGCUUUGGACAAGAAAGCUGCUCAUGAUAAGGAGUUGGAGAAGGCCAAAAAGGAGGAUAAUGACCACCGCAACCUUUACCUGGCAAAGGAGGGUCUUAUUGUGGAGGGGACCCCAGCUGCUGCAGGUGUUUCAGUGAGUGAUAUGUCAAAGCGCAAGGGGCUGCAAGAAAAGAAGAUGAUCAAGCUGAAAUCCCCAAAUUUCCAUGUGUCAAGGACACGGCUGAUUGUAUACAAUCUUCCCAAGUCGAUGAGUGAAAAACAGCUGAAGACACUUUGCAUUGAUGCAGUUACCUCUCGUGCUACUAAGCAAAAGCCUGUGAUCCGGCAGAUAAAGUUUUUGAAGGAUGUGAAAAAAGGACAAGUAGUAGCAAAGAAUCAUUCUCGCGGAGUAGCUUUUCUUGAGUUCUCAGAGCAUCAACAUGCACUUGUGGCUUUAAGAGUUCUCAACAACAAUCCUGAGACUUUUGGUCCUGAGCAUCGUCCAAUAGUGGAGUUUGCUCUUGAUAAUGUGCAAACAAUGAAGCUUCGUAAUCAGAAACUUCAGCAGCAAGGUUUUAACAAGAACAGAGAAGAUCUGCAGCAGAAUGCCAAUAAAACUGAACUGAAUCCCUGUGAUAAACAGUCAAGAAAACGCAAGUCCAGUGGGGACACACCAGUUGCUGGGAAUAGAGAUGUAGUGAAAAGCAAGCGUGUCAGAGGUGCCACCGCAGAGGAAGGCAAUGUGUCAUCAGUUUCAGGGAGUAAAGAUGGACAUGAACUGAAAAAUAGAGGUGCCAGAGGAACCAACUCUAAAGAAGAAAGAGAUGAGAAGAAGAACAACAAGAUGGAAGGUAAAAAGCUAGGAGGCACGAAACAAAAGCCAAAAGAUAAUCAAGAAGGAAAAAAGCUUGGCAGAUUUGGAAACGAACAUUCUGAUAAUGCUGCUCUCAAGGUGGGACAUAAAGAAGAUGUUGCAGUGAGAACAAAAAGGAGGAAGUUGGAAGAUAAAACUAACCAACAGAAACAAAAUAUGAGUUUACAGGUCAAGAAAAAGGAUAAAAAGAAUAAAGACCCGGUGGGACGGGAUGCUGUAGACAAGCUGGAUAUGCUGAUUGAGCAAUACAGAUCCAAAUUCACAAACAACAGUUCUAAUCAAACUGAUAGUAAGCAGCAGGGCUCUAAACAGCUUAAAAGGUGGUUCCAAUCCUAAACCAAUAGUUCUUCUGUAGCUUAAUUUUAUUUGAUGAUAACUGAGUAUCAUUUUGGGUUUGUAUUUUGUUGUAUUCUCCCCUUAAAAUAUGGGAUAACAAUUUUGGUUUUAAUAUAUGGGAUAGCAAUUUUAGUCAGA